AUUACUUUUUUGUAAGUUUUUUCAAUUCUGUAAUUUAGAAACAAUAAAGUGAUCGCACACGGAGGUUGACCGAAGCACGUCGGCAAAUGAGUUAAUGUAAAGAUGGACAGUCCUGGGUUAGGAUACUCGUAUCAUCUUCCAUCUGCAGGCUGGAAUCUCAGAGUUCGAAAUGUUCUUUCCCAGUUCAGUGAUCUUUUCAGCGAAUUUAACAAGUAUAUUGCACCAGCUUAUCAUCAUGAUCGAUGCGAAAGAUCGGUUCAAAUGCGAUUAUAUUCAAUGCAUAAGAGAGAGUUUGUUAUGGUAUUUGUUGCCUUCUUUGCCUGUUUUAUAUUAGAGGUGUUUAUUGGACUCGCAGGGCCUCCCAUCACAUUGACAAGUGAACAGAAUGCUCACUUAAAUGGCAGUGAAGUGGCCACCGGUCCUUUCAUCAUGAAAACUCCUUUGCUGUCCACAUACAGUCAACAAUUAUGGGUGAUCGCAAAGUUACUAACAUCUAACAACGAUGACGAACGAUAUGAUAAAAGUUUUCAAAUCAGUAUCUCGAUAGACGGCCUGACGGAGGAUCGUAAACUUAUGCCUGUGCUUUCUUCGGAAACUGGACAGAAUAGAACCAGACGUUUAAAAUGCGAAAGGCAAACGUGCGACGAGCUGGUGGUUGCCCAUCUUGGAUUCCUUGACUAUACUUAUUAUAUAAUUACCGUUCGUUUCUACGGGCUUGAGAAUUUCCAUCGACGUUAUAACAUACGCGAGCUCACGUUCUACUUCAAGAACUACAACCCAAAGUUUACAGAGUUUGAAAUAUGGUUUCGUCUAAUGUUUUUGCUAACAGCGUUCGGGAUUAUGUGUUGGUUUGGGCAUUCACUCCGAAAGUACCCAUUACAUGACUGGUCGAUAGAACAGAAAUGGAUUUCCAUACUCCUUCCACUACUAAUUUUAUACAAUAAUCCGUUAUUUCCUAUGACGUUUUUGGUGAAUUCUUGGGUGCCUGGCAUGCUGGAUGCAAUUCUGCAAACAACAUUCCUUUGUGCAGUUCUGAUGUUCUGGUUGUGUGUUUACCAUGGUUUGAGACAGAACGAGAGACGUCUUAUCACGUUUUAUUUACCCAAAGUUUUGGUGGUUGGUUUACUAUGGUGUUCGGCUUUGAUUCUGGCAACGUGGCUGCGCUGCACCGAAUUGGAAGAUCCCACGUAUAAUUACGUUCUCGAUACGUCGAAUUAUUUCGGUUUCAAAGUGUUCUUCUUCACAAUAGGAGGCUUUUACAUCGCGUACCUGCUGCUCCUGAUAUUAAGAGCGUACAGCGAAUUACGCUCUAUGCCAUACUUUGAUCUUCGUUUGCGUUUUCUGACAUUGCUCGCUGGAGUUGUUUUUUCGCUUUGCGGAUGUGUGACGGCGCAACAGUUUGGCGCUGGUAUUUUUGAAGACAGUUUUGCUUCACGACUCACCACUUACUACCGGUCUUCUGCUCAGUUUAUGGCUUUAUACGGUCUCUUGAAUUUUUAUUUAUACACAAUGGCUUACGUAUACGCACCCGCUCAUCAACAAGUCUACGGCCAACAUUCCUCCAUAACGAAAGAUAAUCCAGCUUUUUCUAUGAUUAACGAUUCUGACGAAGACGUUAUUUAUGGGUCGGACGAAGAAGUUGUCUAUGGAUCGGAUGAGGAUAGUCGGCGGCCUUUAACUCGGCCGCCUCGAAUUUCCACAAACAAUAACAAUUAAACAAAAUUCGAUCAGUUUUAAUUUUAUUUCAAUUUCGUUAAAUAAUAUGGUCCAAUGAAGGAGAAAACCAACAAUCAAGAAUUGAUUUUAUAAAAAAAGAGAUACAUGGCUAAGACAUUUUUUCAAAACGUACAAAAUUUUCCUUACCGUUUGCGUGCAUCUGUCCAGAUAUAUGUAGAUGUGGGGACAAUGAUUUCAUAAGCUGAGUGACGUCUAUACAUCGUAUUGUAUAGUAGGUACAGACACAGAAUGUUUGUGUGCUGCCGUGAAAGCGAUACUACCUAAUAUGUAUAAGGGGUACUUGUAUUUAUAACUUGUUCACUUAAUUUGAAGUGGACCCGCAAAUCUAUAAUACUUAUAAUACUUAUAAUGCUUUAAAUCUAAGGACUAUCCCUAUAAUAUAAUACAACAAUACAAUGUUAUAUAAUAUGAUUAUGGAAAGAUUAUACAUAAAACUUUGUAGCUUUUCGAAUAUACUGUAGAAAAAAAAUUUUAUCUUUCGAGUAUAUCAUAGAUUGCGCAUAAUAAAAUAUGUUCAAAGUUCAAA